GUCGACGUGGCACGUGCUGAUUGGUGCUGCAAACGCGUUUUUGGCUAAAGGCAGAGAAAAAAAAAUUUCUCACCUCUCUCUCCCGAGAAAACCUAGAACUCCUCCUCCUCCGCCGAUUUCGAGUUUCCCUCUCCUCCGCCGAUUCGUCUUCACGAUCUUGCUUUCGGUACCUACUCUUCUCUUCCGGCCGUCUAGGGUUUCUCUCAGAGUGUCAUCAUAAAAAAAACAGAUUCUUGUCUCCGAUCCUCGUCGCUCUCCAGUCAUCUGAAGAUUCUUCGAGCUUCUCUUGACCACACACUUUCAAUGGCGAAAGCAGUGACCGCUCCAACUCCGUCUCUCUCCGAGGUUACAUUAAAGGAUUGUGGUACCGGCUCCUGUUUCAUCAUACAGUUCUGGGUUUCAGGCGCCUUUUCUUCCGCAAAAGAAUCAAGGCAAGAAGAAGUUUCCACAGAUUGGUCAUGUUUAUGAGAUUCUUGUUAUAGGUGCUCUUUCUCAUACUGGUUUGGAGUCAUCGAAUUUGAUUGUUGGUAUUGAUGUCACUAAGAGCAAUGGUUGCUUCUGUCACAAGGCCAACUUCUUUUGCACCCAUUAUUGAAAGGACGAUGACAAUUGUGGAAGAAAGUGGAGGGCAAUACCAUGUUCUUCUCAUAAUUGUUGAUGGACAGCUGUGGAGUCACUCAAGGAUGGUGAGAAUUGUCAGAUCCUGAAACGAUGAGAAGCUGCAAAGGUGAAAGGUAAAACUUAUCAGUUUCCAGUUUCUGUGUGUUAAAGCUGCAUCCUAUCUGAAUAGAGAUUAGGAACAAUGAAUUGAAACUUAAAUGAAUUCAAUUGAUUUGAAUUGAUAUUUUGAACAAUUGAAUUGACUAGAAACUGAUAAGUUGAAUUUAAUAGUGAUUAGGUAGAUAUUGUUGAGAGUGAAUUUAAUGUCAUCUGUAUAAGAAUAUUUUCUCUGUGUAUAGAGUCUUUUUAAUGAUCUAGAUAUUGUUGGUGAUGAGGUUGUAUUAAAUGCAAGUCUGAACUUAAAAUUAAAGGGAAUUAAAAUGAUGAUGAGACAUUAGCUUUUUUAACUGAAGUUAUGAGAUGGGAAGUGUCUCAGUGAGUUGAAUUAGUAAACCAAACACUUAAACUGAACUAUAAUGACUCGUAUUCAAUACAAAUUUGGUUGAUCUUGUCAUGAGUGUUUGUCUUUAUAAUAAGUUUCUGAGAACUUAAACAAACCAUUAAACUGAACUAAAACACAAAAUGGCUUCCAACUUGAACUUUUCCUCCUCUCAAUCCUUUACCAAUCUCUUGUUUAGCCAAGAAGAAAACCCAACCCCUCUCAGUCCUUCACAGCCUCCUCCUCUCAGUCCUUCACAACCUCUUUGUUCUGAAUCCCAAACACCCACAGCAGUAGCUAGGGAACCUAGAGUGAGAUGGAGUGUUCCUGAAGAGAAGGCACUUGCAAGUGCCUGGCUCAACACAUCCAAAGACUCUGUUGUAGGGAAUGAGCAGAGAUCUGCUGCCUUUUGGGAUAGGGUUGCAGUAUAUUAUGCUGCAUGUCCUGCUGUCUCUAAGCUCACCAUCCGAGAGGCCAACACUUGCAAGCAGAAAUGGCAAAAAAUGAAUGAGCUUGUCAUGAAGUUUGCAGGCUGUUAUGAGUUUGCCUCUCGGACUCCUCGCAGUGGAGAGACUGAAGAUGACGUUCUUGUGCUUGCCUACAAGCUGUACCACCAGGAUCAAAAAACCAAGUUCAGUCUUGAGCAUGUAUGGAGAAUCCUCAAGACUGAUCAGAAAUGGUGCAAUUGGUGUGAGACAAAACUUCCUGUUAAGAAGAAAGCUAAACUUUCUGAAGUAGAAGAAGAUAGUCUUAAAAGGCCAAUAGGGGUCAAGGCAGCCAAGGCUUUAGCCAAGUCCAAAGGUAAGGGAAAGAUUGAAGGAGCUGACGCUGGUUCUGCUGCUGAACUUCAGCUUUUGUGGGAAGUGAAAGAGAAAGAUUUGGCUUUCAAAGAGAGACUCUCCAAGCAGAAGCUACUUGACAGCCUUCUUGGAAGGUCUGAUGGAUUGAGUGAGAUGGAAAUUGAACUUAAGAACACUCUUAUCAAAGAGUAUCUGUCUGGAAGCAAUGUGUUUGUUUCUGAGAAUGAAUAUUCUGGUCUUUAGGCCCUCCUCUUGGAAGCUAGUGAUGUCGGCAAGGAAUGGAUUGAGUGGUUCUUUUGCUUUAUUGUAGUGUACUGUGUCUGUUUUUACUCGGAUGUACUUUGUAAGCAGAAGCCACUUGUUUUUUGUUUUGGUAUGGCACAAUGUAUGGUCGCAAGUGGUUGUUUUUCUAUGGUCAGAACCUAGUUGUUUUUAUUUUGUAUUGUAUGAAUGAAUGUAUUAUUGUCGACAAUGUAUGGUCGGCAAUGUUUUACUUUAUAUUGUAUGAUGCACAAUGUAUGAUUUUAUAUUCUCUUAUAUAUAUGUCUUUGUGUU